UUCAAAAAUCGUUUGGGAGACAACUCAAUUACUUGAUCAACUGGUAACUCAUUGACCUUGAGCUUAAAUAGUUAAUGACUUUCGUUUGGAAUAUUUUUGUUGCUGGUAAAAUAAGUGGCUGAAUUGAAUUCCUUUUUUUUUUUUUAUUCCUAUUCAUUUCCGAAAUCGAAUGGUCACUCGCGAUUACACUAAAAGAAUAGCUGGACUUCCUGUGAAGGACUAAUUGUUGCUAUCGCAUGAACGCAUGCUUAAAGUUAUAAUAAAAGGUAAAUAGAAGUAUGUUCUUUGUCAAUAUCUGCUGUAUCACGUGAUGUACUUUUUGCGUUGAUAUUGUGUGUAACAAAAAAUACCCAAUGUAACCAACAAGUGGAAAAUCGUCCGGUUUUUUAAAUCACUUGAAAAUUAGACUGUCUUUAUUGGAAAGGACAACUGUUUCGAAACUCACUCUAAAAUAACUCAUUCUAAAUCACCUGAAAUUUUGUUUUUAAUCUGAAGAUUUUAAAGAAUCAUCACAGGUGGUACAUUUAAGCAGGAACCAAAGACGCAGCAAUGCGACAUCUAGUCACGUGUUUCAUCCUGGGAGCAUGUUGGUUGCUCGUUCAGUCCUCCAUCGUAGAGGAUAAAAUAUUUAUUUUUCAAAAAUCAGAUGCUGAAAACAACAAAAAAGUUCUAGUGGUCACCUGGCCAUAUGAAGAUGAUGACAAUGAGGAUGCCAUGGGUUGCGAAGUGUUCACUAAUCCUCAACUUAUUGAGGAGGUCAUAAAAGCUUCCAAAGGAGAACUCAUCCGCACUCCCUCAGAAGACGAUUUGCAAGAAAUCAUCAAAGAAUGCACAGAGAUUUCAAGGCGCAGGAGACGAGAGACUGGCUCUCUUGUGAAGCGGUUCGUGGCCUGGAAAAGAAACAGAAACAGCAGGAAAAUCGAAUCGGAAAGGGGACGAGACAAGAAUCGUAAUCCGAACAACAGUAGUGAGAACUCAACAGAAUCGGAUAACUCUGAAGAUAUACAACACUCGCUGCCAGUCAUUUUUCCAGGGACCAAAUGGUGUGGAUCUGGCGAUCUCGCCAAGAGUUAUGACGAUCUCGGUAUCCACAGGGACACGGACCUCUGCUGCCGAGCACACGAUGUAUGCAAUGAUACCAUGGCACCAGGAGAGACAAAGAAUAACCUCACAAAUGAUUCACCUUUCACAAAACUAAGCUGCCAGUGUGAUUAUGAUUUUUAUGAUUGCUUAGAGAAAGUGAACAGCAUGACUUCUAACACAGUAGGAAAUAUGUAUUUCAAUCUACUAAAAAGGGACUGCUAUGCUGAAGAUUACCCUGUCACCAAAAAAUGCAAAAAGUACAAAACGUAAGUAAAAAGGCUAUAAACA